AUGGACGACUCUUUCGGCCCGCGGCUGCUUGGCCACUUUGACUUUACCCUGCUGUUCGAGCACACCAUAUUUUACUUGGUCCCUUCCUCUAUCCUCGUCUUCGUGACGCCUUUUUACAUUCACCAGAUAUUCUUUCGCGGCAGUCCCCUCGUCCGCCCUGGCGUCUUGUUAUGGGCCAAAUUUGCAGUCGCCGCGGCGUUGGUUGGCGUCCAGAUUGCCAACGCCGUGCUAUGGGCGCGGUCUCCGUUGGACUCUCGCCUCGCAGAAGCCGCGGCUGCCAUGGCCGCUGUCAGCGCCCUGUGCAUCACUAUUCUGAUGUAUGCUGGGCAUGUUUACUACCUGCGAUCGCUAUCCUUCCUAGGCUUCUUUCUCAGCCUGACAACCAUUCUCGACAUUACCACGACACUGACCUAUUUUAAUCGCACGGGUCUUGGCACGAUCGCUCGUCUGCACAUCGCUAUACCCUGUCUCAAGGUGGCGAUAAUCGUUCUCGAAGAAGUUUCUAAGCGCUCUCUCUUCCGCCCGGAAGCCCUCCAAUCGUCAUCAUUCAUCAGCCGGGAAGCCACUGCCGGUUUCUGGAACAGAUCUGUGUUGGCGUGGGCCAAUUAUAUACUUUUAUUCGGCUUUCGCGGCGAAAUUACGCAGUCUACCAUGGCCGAUCUUGGGCCAGAGUACGACUCCAAGGUCCUUUAUCGAGGUUUUAUCGGUCAAUGGCAGAAGGGCCGAAAAGACUCGAAAUUUGCUCUCGUACAAGCCUGUGUCUGCACCAUGCCGUGGCCGUUCUUUUACAUCAUUCUGCCUCGGCUGUUGUCCAUCGGCUUUGAAUUUGCACAGCCGUUUUUACUGCAAGACGUCGUCAACGAGAUUUCCAUCGACGCUGCGCCCUCAGGAAAUGUGGUAAAGGGACUCAUCCUCGCUACGACCAUUAUAUAUGUCAGCAAAGCAAUUUCUAAAUCCUGGUAUUCUACUCUUAGGAACCAGAUGUCGGUCAGUAUUCGAGGCAUUCUUAUUUCAGCCGUCUACCACAAGUCCCUCCGGCUCGGCGCCGAAACUCUCGACGGUGCGGCGGCCGUUACCCUCGUGACUGCGGAUGUAGCCGGUAUCGCAUCACUUGCUACGCUCUCAUACGAAGGUUGGGCACAAACGCUAGAAGUUUGCUUGGGUAUUGGCAUUCUUGGUGCUUAUGCUGGAGCUGCUACUAUAUUUACCGCGCUUCCUGUUAUUGGGACCACCAUUGCCUCGAUAUGGGUUGGCCAUCGAGUGAUGGUUACACGCAAAGCUUGGAAUGAGAAUAUUGAGACUCGAGUGGCGUCUACAUCGAAUGUUCUUGCACAGAUCAAAGAGGCUAAAAUGCUUGGGUUGACUCCCAUUCUAGCUGAUCGUGUGCAGCAGCAGUUUGACACCGAAGUCGUAUUGUUGAUGAAAAAUCGGCAAUACUAUGCAGUGACGAUGGGCAUCUCGGCCAUCGCUGAGUUGUUGACACCUAUCCUGGUUGUCGCUGCCAUUAUAUUCUGGACAAGAGCUUCGGAGCCAAUAUCCGCUAGCCGCAUAUUUACCACUUUGGCUCUCGUAACCCUAGUGACGAAUCCCAUGUACUACCUGAUCCAUUCCGUCGGAAGCUGGUCAGCUGGGUUUGCGUGCUUGGGACGCCUCCAAGCGUACUUGAACCUGCCCGAGACAGAGGACCCUCGCGAAUUUGCGAUGCAGCAUGGUUCGAUCAGUGAAGAGAAGACCGUGCUUGAAACUACUACGCCGAACCCCUCUGCCUCGAACCCACAAGAUAGCAGAGUGGUGCUGGCUUCGCGCAGCGUCUUUGUGGUCCAGCUUCAGCAAGUGUCCCUGUCCGCGGGGGCAAUCACCAUUAUAAAGGACGUCUCGCUGAAGAUCAAGACCGGCCAUACAGCCAUGCCAACCAGUGGUACCGUGACACUUGCAACUCGUUCUGUUGCCUACUGCAGUCAGGUGCCCUGGGUCCAGAAUGAGACAAUUCAGAGCAACAUUCUAGGCGGAAGGCCUUUGAACGUGGCCUUGUACAACAAGGUCGUCCACGUAUGCGCCUUGGAUGUUGACAUUGAACGUCUGUCUGCACAAGACCAGACGCUCGCUGGAAGUGAGGGUUGUAAUCUCAGUGGUGGGCAAAAACAAAGAGUCUCACUAGCGCGCACCCUAUAUGUCCAAGCCGAACUCGUCAUCUUGGACGAUGUAUUCAGUGCUCUGGACACUAAGACAUCGUCUGCCAUUCGAUCGCGGCUUUUUUCCGAGAGUGAUCUACUCAAGUCUGGAAACACCACUGUCAUUAUGGCGACUAGCAUGCAAGGCCAUCUUGUCCACGCCGAUGUCUCCUAUGAGAUGGGCGGCGACGGAACGGCUGCUUUGUCCUCCAAGCAUGAAGAAGUACGUGACACCGCUGUGGGCCCGGAUCAGCCAGUCGAUGCGGCAGAUUCUGCUUCGGCAACCGCUUCUGCGUCCAUUGGCGAAUCCGAUCACGACAAGGAGCCUACCUGGGAGCCUCCAGAGGUCGCAGCGGCUCCUGACAACGCACUGCGCCAGAGUCUAUCCACUCUGCGGUAUGGAGACUGGACGAUUUACAAAUACUUUCUACGACACGUUAGCCUCCUCAAUGUUAUGACAUGGCUGCUUACGGUGGCCUGCGCCUCUGUUGCCGACAGAAUGCCGCCCAUCUUUGCCAGAAUUUGGCUGGGAAAGGCUCCCCAAAAUCGCCUCUAUUUCAUCGGCUACGCGCUGCUAGGCGUUUUGAGUCCUUGUCUUUACUACUGGACGCCGCUAAUUUAUUACAAACUCAUCAUCACAAAUUGCGCGCCUGGCAUGCACCAGGAGCUCUUGGAUGCGACGUCCCAAGCCACCUUUGAGUUUCUCGCUGCAGAAGAUGCCGGCACGCUCCUAAAUCGCUUCAGCCAAGAUGUCCAAAUGGCAACUCAGCAGUUGCCUCUUGCUAUCACGCCAGUCGUUUGGGGCCUUUGCUCAAUCAUCAUCGACGUUGGCGUCAUUGCCGCCGGCGCGACCUAUGCUUUGCCCAUCGUCCCGUUUUUCCUUGUAGUGGUUGGUCUCAUUGCACAUUUCUACCUCCGCACGUCGCGCCAAGUACGGCUUGCCGAGCUCGACUCGACCAAGAGCCUCAUCCGGCAUCUGACCGAGAGUGCGAGCGGUAUCGAGUACAUCCGCGCCUUCCAGUGGGAGCAAAACUUCAUCGCCCAGCUACACCACAUGCUGCAUGAAACGCAAAAGCCAUACUACUACCUACUCGCUAUCCAGCAGUGGAUUACAGCUGUGAUGGACUUUACCACAGCUGGCUCGGCGGUAUGCGUGGUCAGCCUGGCGCUCAACUUUAAGAGUUCAACAUCAGCCAGCGCCAUGGGCCUUGCGCUUUUAACACUGAUCUCAUUUAGUGACUUUACGGGUGCUAGUGUUAAGUGGUUUGUCCAGAUGGAGAACAUGUUUGGCGCUGUCGCUAGGAUCAGGGAGUUUGCGCAGUCGACGCCGAGAGAGUCGGACGACGGCGCGUCGGAUGCACCCGAACGCUGGCCCACCUCUGGGAAAGUUGAGUUUGAUGGUGUCAACGCUUCAUACAAGUCGGAGAGUGAGAAGCCUCACCAGGCGCUUGCCAACAUCAAGUUGUCCAUCCAACCCGGGCAGACUGUCGGCUUGGUUGGGCGCACAGGAAGUGGUAAAUCGUCCAUGUUGCUCGCGCUUCUUCGGCUGCUCGAGUACACGGGAAACAUUUACAUUGACGGCCGCGAGCUGAGAACCAUUCCACGCAACGAGCUCAGAGCCCGCAUCACGACCGUUACGCAAUCUGGUCUCGCGAUCAAAGCCAGCGUCCGUUUCAACAUGAACCCUUUUGUCGGAACAGAGGACGCAUCAGCCGACGAGCAGAUGACGGAUAUUCUGCAGCGAGUUGGCCUGUGGGAGCACAUUGAAGCCAGAGGCGGUCUAGACGCUGCCAUGGGCGCCAUGAAGUUCUCGGUCGGAGAGCGGCAGCUUUUCCAGCUGGCGCGCGCGAUCCUGCACAAGGACAACACGGGCUCGAAGCUCUUCCUCAUGGACGAAGGCACCUCGAGCAUCGACGAAGCGACCGAGCAGCGCAUCUACAGUUUGAUCAAGGAGUAUUUUGCAGGGUGCACAAAGAUUAUUAUCAGCCACCGCGAGGCCGUUCUUGCAGACACUGAUGUCGUUCUGCACAUGUCCGAUGGUAGAGGAGAGAUCAGCACCGGGUCGCGGCAAGAGAAGGCAGAUUCCGAGGCAAUUAGCGCCAGUCAUUAG